AUGCUCACGCCUGCCGCCUUUGGUUUGCUUCGCUUCGACCACCAACCCUCCCUACGCCAUCCCUUCUGUAGUGAUGCUUGUCGUGGCUUGGCCUAUUUGGAAGAGCGUGGAAUUGUACAUCGUGAUAUUGCUGCACGCAACAUUCUUUUGGCCGGUCAAGCUCCCCCUCGGCUGGUGGCCAAAGUGGCGGAUUUCGGGAUGGCACGAGAUCUGAACAAUACCGGCCUGCUGCCUGUUCGACCCUGUCCGCCCGCGAGCGCACCGCCAUCUGUUCCCUGUCGAGAGCUGAAUGAACGCCUGUCGCCCAAACCUCCACAGACCACUGGUACCAACAAUACUCCUGGUACCAAUUCAGAGGUAGAUGUCCCGUCCCGAGUACACACGCUCACUUUGCACGACAAUGCGGCUAUCCCGGUAAAAUGGACAGCACCGGAGGCUGUGCGAAAACGACUGUUUAGCAACAAAUCAGACGUGUGGAGUUUCGGUAUACUGCUAUGGGAAAUCUAUUCCUACGGUCGAAUCCCCUAUCCACGCAUGGUGAGUUCUACGGCAGUAUUGUGCCUGUGCCUGUGUGUGUGCUGUUUUUAUCAUGAUUUCGGUCCGUUUAUGAGACAAAAGCCUGUUGCCGUUUUGACUGCAUAA